AAGCCAGAGUGGCAAGCCAGAGCCAACAUUACUAUUUUGCCUGGUAUCUCCUCAGCUAUUAUUCCUUUACCUAGCUGAGAAAACUAUAAAAGGUUUAAAAUGAGCCUUACAGACAUUCUAAGCCCUUCUGAUAUUGCUGCUGCACUGCGGGACUGCCAAGCUCCAGAUUCCUUUAGUCCCAAAAAAUUCUUUCAGAUCAGUGGGAUGUCUAAAAAGAGUAGCAGCCAGCUCAAGGAGAUCUUCCGGAUUCUCGACAAUGAUCAAAGUGGCUUUAUUGAGGAAGAUGAGCUCAAGUAUUUCCUUCAGAGGUUUGAGUGUGGAGCCAGAGUGUUGACCGCCUCAGAAACCAAGACCUUCUUGGCAACUGCAGACCACGACGGGGAUGGUAAAAUUGGGGCUGAAGAAUUCCAGGAAAUGGUGCAGUCUUAG